AUGAAAUUUGAUGCACUUGCAGAUCAGCAGAUGACUGACCGAAGGUAUUUUACGCUCGAAGCAGCAGAAAGUGAUGAUGCCGAUAGUUCAUUGAAUUCUUCAUCCGUGGGAAGCCCCGCAAUGGAUACAGGAAGAAGGAUUUACAAGAUUGCUUCGUACAGGACUUCAGCAGAUGACGAGAGUCAACUGGGUUUUGCUUCUUCGCAUUCUCCAACAUCCAAAACAAGACCUGCAAGCAAAAAUACCGAAAACGAUGAUUAUGGUAAAAGGUCUUCUACAGGUUCGUCCCUCAAGCAACUGUUCAAUAAAAUCGAUAUAAGUGAUACUAGUCACUCUUUAAAUAAAGAAAAUGUAUCUCAGGUAUCGCUAUCAGAAAACAAACUGUUCUCUCCUUCUAAAAGGUUGUCGAAGCAGAAUAAUUCGAAGAUAACAAAUUCCAAGUUUCGCACACCCCUCAGGCCCAUUUCAAAUCAGUCAACCUUAUCAAGAGAUGAAUCGGUUAAGGAUUUUGCCUCGCUCAAUUUUCGAGGUGGCGGUGAUUACAAAUUUUGGAGUGACAAAAAGACAAGUUCCCAUGUUCAUUCACCCAGUGUGAAUUCAGUUAAUUCUUUUACUUCUACUACUUCCUCGUCUAAAUGGAAGUUUUGGAAGAACGACAACUUAUUGUCUAGAUCCGUAUCUUCCAAAUCUACAAACGAGCAGCCCCCAAAUUCUGCACAACUCAAACCAAUUAAUCAGUUACAAAAGAAAUCUUCAAUAUCAAGUUUCCAGAGCUCGAUUUUUGGCGGCCACAAACAUGCAGAGAAGAAGAGAAAUUCUGGAUUUAUUAUGCCCGACCAUCGAAGCACUAAAGAAUUGAACCACAAACAUUCAUCAUCAAAUCUUUCCUUUAGAAGCUUGAAGCACAAAACGUCACAUUCUUCUCUAAAUAAGCUUAAGAUAAGGCGUAAGGGAAAUACACAAGAGUCAAAUCAUUUGGCCAAACAAACCUGCCAGAUAUCACUCCCUGUUCCAGAUCAAGUGUCAAAGGAUAAGAUUCAGUUAAAAUUGAAAAAUUCGACAUCAUUGGCAUCUCUAUCUUCAGAAGUUACUCCCAUAAACACUUUGGAUUACAAUGAUUCAAUUUUGCAGCAAAUUUUGCAACUUUGUGACGUCAAAUAUAUUAUGCAUGAUUUGUAUGAGGCCCAAUCAUUAGGCCUGUUUAUAUUGAAUGCUGGAUCAAUUCGGUUGUCUCAUAAUAUUUGGCAAACUUAUCACAGUGAUGUACAAACUUCGAUUAUUUGCAAGAAAGUAUGUCUUGGUGCCUUAAGUGACUUGACUACUUCAAACUUGAUAUCUUUACAUGAGUUAAAAUCACUACGCUUUUUACAAGGAACUAGUGGUAUCGCCCAUUUGUUGCAGGCCUAUGUCAUGCCUUCAGAUGAGAGUGAAGACAUUCAAAACUUGACGUUAUACCUAUUUUUCAAGGAUCAUGGAACUCCUCUAUCGAAAUGUUUCAAUAUUGAUUAUUGCCAAGCUUUGUCUAUUUUCUGGCAGUGCAGUAGUAUAUUAUACGUUGCUGAGUCCAAACUUCAGUUCGAACAUAGAAAUCUGACUCUCGAUCAUAUUUUGAUAGAUUCAAGGGGAAAUGUAACUUUAAUUGGUCUGAAGUGCUCCCGAUUUUCAAGUGUUGACACCAAUAAAGCUUUCUAUACAAGACUAGACCACCAAUAUUUCUUUCAAGGGCGAGGAACUUUACAGUUUGAGAUCUACGAAUUGAUGAGAAGUUUACUUCCUCAGCCGAUGUCCUGGGGAAUGUUUGAACCGAGAACAAACCUAUUAUGGUUAUAUUAUUUAAGUAUCAACUUGCUAAAAAUGAGUCAGAGAAACACGUGCACCCGCAAUUUCAAUCAUGAAGUAACUAUCCUGACCAAGUUGAUGCACCUACUUGAUCCUUCUCGAAAACAACCCAAAAAAAUCUUUAAAAAGGAACUUUCUAUUAGAACGUGUGGUGAUCUUUUAUCUUUGAAACAAGAAAUAAUGCAAUAG